AUGGAUCUCAAUGACAUUUUUACUUCUGAUAUAAAAGAGUCACCCAAGGAAUAUCAGACAGCCAGCGUUCUAUCUUUUCUGCUCUGCAGCUCGUUGAAACUCAACCUCAUCUUGGUUUUGUCGCUGUCCAUGGCACACGUGUUGUGGUGUUAUCCUGUCCUCUCUUCCAAGGUGCCUGCGAAACCUGAUUACUUUCUCAUCCUACUGAGCAGCUGCCCAACCAGGCUGGAGGAGAGCAACGGGCUAGCUUUCCUAAAGUCAAUUUUGGAGAAGACAUCGAUGAAAAGGUCCUUUCGCAAUGGAGUCGGCUCAGGGGUGAAAAAAACUUCAUUUCAAAGAGCAAAGCAAUGA